AUGAAGAAAUCAUCCGAGAAUAUUAGGAAAGAGGAAAAGAAGAUUAGCAGCGUGAUCAACGGAGCUAAAAAAGGCGGAGGUAGCAAAGAAUUGAAUGAGACGGAAAAUGUUAUGGCACAAGUUAUCGAGGUUCCGAAAGAAAAGAAGACACUGCGGCAAAAGUUGGGUUCAGCAAUACUACGGAAUGGCGGAGCAGGGAAGAACGAGGUUUUGAACGGCAAAAAAGGAAGCAACGAAUUGCCUAUGCUUAAGAAGCAAGAGAAAAGUAAAGAGGUAACAAUAGAGAGAAAAGCGGAUGGACUGAUACGAGAACAGAAAGAACUGGACGAGAUGAAUGCUGGUAAAGAGAAUAUUAAGGUUGAUAAAUUAACUCAAGGAGGGGCAGCAUACAGGGAAACUCACGCAAAAGAGGGAAAGGCCAAUGCGCCUCAAGCGCAAGUGAAGGGGAAGGAAACGAAGGAGAGUAAGGACAAUGGUGGAAAAAAGGAACCCGCAGAUAUCGAUAACGAUAAAAACAAGCCGAAAGAUGAAGGAGAGAAGAAGGAAGGAAAACCAAAAGAAACAAAAGGCAAAGAAGAGAACAACAACAAAAAAGCCCGUAAGUGGUUUAUCUGUGCAGAAUUUCAAGGGUGCCGAAUUGUUUAA